CAACACCGUAUUGCUCUCUCAUUAUUUAAGUACUCUCAAUCUCAUUCACCUCAACCACUUCUCAUCAUCUCUAUCACCCCAUUUUCUCAAACACCUACACAAAAUGUGCUUCCUCAACACAAAGUCCCUGGCUCACUUCAUGUUGCUAACAACAAUUGUAGUUGGCAUUGCAAUGGGAGAUUCAUCAAAGGACAAAGAGGAAUGCACUGAGCAAUUGGCAGGCCUAGCAACAUGUCUGCCCUAUGUUGGGGGUCAAGCACAAGCUCCAACCCCAGAUUGUUGUAGUGGUCUCAAGCAAGUGCUCAAGAACAACAAAAAGUGUUUGUGUGUUAUUAUCAAAGAUCGCAAUGAUCCUGAUCUGGGUGGUUUACAGAUUAAUGUUACGUUGGCUUUGAACCUGCCCACAGCUUGCAAUUCCCCUGUCAAUGUCUCCAAGUGUCCAGAACUGCUGCACAUGGAUCCAAAAUCAGCAGAGGCUCAAGUUUUUUAUCAAUUGGAGAAAGGACCCAGCAAAAAUGGCACAGGCCCUGCACCAAGUCCUUCUGCUGCAGUCGGAGCAAGUCCUUCAAGUAACCAGAAAGCCAAUACCCCACAGAAGAAUGAUGCAUUCUGCAAAGAGAAGAGAUUAUUUGGGUUAGAGAUUUUGGCUAUAGGGCUCCAAAUUUGGGCUUCAGUUGGGCUUCUUUGCUAAAAUGAUUUUACUUGCACAUCAAUGUGAAUAGGAGUGGUUUCUUCCAAUUCUCUCCCUAUAUGUGCCACUUAUGUUAUUACUCACUAUAAAAAUAUUCUCAGUAUGGUGUAAUUUUUUUCUCUCCAAAUUAUAGUGAAAGAUGUGAGGAAAAGUAUGGAAAAUAUCCAAUUCAUGUUAAUGAGAAUAAAGUUUUUUUUUGGAAUA